AUGAUCUCCACAGAGAUCCGCAGCAGUGUGGCCUCACAGGAGGUCCAGGGCUGGAGGAGACCGCACCUCCGGAGGAACUCUGUGCCUCCUGUGCGCACCCUCAGAGCCAAGCACCUCCUGGCCUACCUGCCCCGCCCAUCCCAACGCUCACCUCACACGCUCACAGAGAAGGUGCGCUCACCUCACACGCUCACAGAGAAGGUGCGCUCACCUCACACGCUCACAGAGAAGGUGCGCUCACCUCACACGCUCACAGAGAAGGUGCGCUCACCUCACACGCUCACAGAGAAGGUGCGCUCACCUCACACGCUCACAGAGAAGGUGCGCUCACCUCACACGCUCACAGAGAAGGAGCGGGAACAGCCCGGUGAGGUCAGCUGCAGAGAGUGUCGCGACCCGGGGAAGCCCCAGCGCUCCCCUCUCUGCCACAAACGGCUCAGCUCCAGGUGGCGUGUCCGGGGGGCCUCCCGCGUCCAGCGAGGACCUGCCGGGGAGGCGGCCAUCUUCUCCUCCCCCGCCGCCUCCUGCCGCGGCCGCCCGCGCGGGGAGAGGUACGUGGAGGCGCUGGUGGGGGACGGGAGGAGGCGCUUCAGCCCAGAGGGGGAGCAGCGGCAGCGCUACGUCACCAAGGACGGGAAGUGCCACGUCAACCUGGGCGGGAUCGACGGGCGGGCGCGCUUCCUGUCGGACGUCUUCACCACCCUGGUGGACCUGCGCUGCCGCUGGUUCCUGCUGGCCUUCACCGUCUGCUACAUCGCCACCUGGCUGGCCUUCGCCCAGGCCUACUUCCUGGACGCCUGGCUGAGGGGCGACCUAUGGCAUGCCACGGAGCCGGAAUGGCGGCCCUGCUACCGGAACGUGGACAGUUUCCUCUCCGCCCUGCUCCUCUUGGUGGAGAGCCAGAUGACCAUCGGCUACGGCUCCAGGACCGUGACGCCGGAGUGCGCGGAGGGCGUGGCGCUGCUCAUGGCCCAGUGCAUCGUGGGAUCGGCGUUAGACGUGCUGAUGAUGGGCUGCGUGUUCGUGAAGAUCUCGCGGCCUCAGAAGCGGGCGCAGACGCUGGUGUUUUCAGAGCGGUGCGUGGUGUCGGCUCGAGACGGCCGGCUCUGCCUCAUGUUCCGCGUGGGCGACCUGCGGGAGAGCCACAUGGUGGAGGCCAAGAUCCGCGCCAGGCUGGUCCGCUCCCGGCUCACCGCGGAGGGGGAGUUCCUGCCGCUGGAGCAGGCCGAGAUCAGCCUGGGCCUGGACACCGGAGCCGACCGGCUCUUCCUGGUGGAACCCCAGACCGUCUCGCACGUCAUCGACCCCGCCAGCCCGCUGUGGGAGACCAGCGCCCAGACUCUGAAGAGGGACAGGCUGGAGGUGGUGGUCAUCCUGGAGGGGAUAGUGGAGGCCUCAGGCAUGACUUGCCAGGCCAGGACCUCGUACACAGAAGACGAGAUUCUGUGGGGACAUCGUUUUGAGUCCUGCAUGACGAAGGAGAAGGGGGCUUUCCAGGUGGAUUACAGCACCUUCGACAAGACCUACCCCGUCAAGACCUGCUGCUACAGCGCUAAAGAGAUGCAGGAGAGGCCAGAUCUCAGCUCCUAUUGGAGCACUGUCUCUGAUAUCCACCAAUCCCAGCCUCGUGAGCACCUGUGGGCUGAGCACAGAGCUGGAGUGGGCUCAUAUAUACACAGCAGUGAGAGGAACAUCUGUGAUGUGUACGCCAAAGUAUGA